AGACCCCCUCCUCCUCCACCGGCGCCCAGACCUCCUCCUCCUCCACCGGCGCCCAGACCUCCUCCUCCUCCACCGGCGCCCAGACCCCCUCCUCCUCCACCAGCGCCCAGACCCCCUCCUCCUCCACCAACACCUAGCCCGACGCCGUCAGUUCCCACUAUUCCGCCCUCGAGACAAAGACCAAGCUAUCAGCCUCCUCCACCUAGACCUCAAACUCCUCCACCACAGCCGGUACCUAGACCCCAGCCACCAGCUCCACGGCCUUCGCCCGUUCCAAGGCCAGCUUCCCCUCCAGCUGUCAGACCAACGCCACCUCCACCCCUACCGGCACCAACGCCACUUCCCACAGUUCCUCCAAGAAGACCUAUAAAUAAUUAUCAGCCGCCAGCUCCGCAACCGGCUCCUGCUCCGCAGCUGCCGCCUGCAUCAAAACCACAACCUACAUCUCAACCAAGUUUGCAGACAAUUGUACCAAGACGGCCACAACCGCAGUAUCAACCAGAAGAGCCGCCGGUGAAACACGUAAAUUUCGAGCCAACAAGAGCACCGCGACCAGCGUCGACAGCCCUACCAGCACCGACAACCCCUCCAGCCCCAGUACCACAGCCGCGUCCUGCUCCAGCUCUAACACCGGUACAUAGGAGAGUCAAGCCCGGAUAUAAGCCUGGAGAGCGUGUGGCGCCUCCACAGCCAGAGUACCUUCCUCAGGAAGAACAAGUACCUGGAAAGCUACCAGCACCUCUCCCCUCUCCAAUUCCUGCUCCCGAUACUGCAACGCAGCAACAACCAGCAACAGGAUUUAUAAUUAGUCGGCGCCCCAGGCUACUGACCCUCACGCAACCCUAUAUAUCAACCGAGCUUGCCGAUAAGGGCGUAUCCAGUACAGAAGUAGCUACAACUCGAAGCCCGGGCCGACGAAUUUCACCGACAGCAACGGUCAGCCCCACAACAGACACGCUUGUCACAGCAACCUCUGUCACGUUUCAGUCUAACAGGACGGAGCCAGACUCUGGGAAAGCAGUGGAGACACAGCAGCCCGAUCGUACAUUACUUGAUAAAUCGUCGCCACCAUGUAAAGUAAAAGGACGCAACUUUUGCGUCCUCACCAGCGACUACCCUAUGGACGUCGUAAACCGUGCAGUAGACGAAAACAUCCAGAGGGUAAAAUUCCUCUAUGAGGAACUACAGACGGUGACCGCUCCAGAGAUAUCGUCGGAACAGCAAUUUGACUCAGAAAUUGGCCGAACCGAUUUUGCCUGUGAAACCCAGACGGAAGAGCUGCAGGUUGGAUGGGCACGCGAGGCUGUCAGUAAAGACUGGAUGCUUAUCGUAAACACUGAGCUCUUUCCUCAGAUGGUUCGCAUUGAGAAGUGCAUGCAUCCCCGGGAACCAUGCAAAGCGAUUGAUGCUCUCUUCGAAUCCACCUGCCAACAGCGAUUUAGUCUUCAUCGCCUAAUCGCCUUCCGACUGUCGGAUAUCGGGUCUUCACCCGUCGUUUCGCUAUUCAAAUUUCCUGCAGGCUGCUCGUGUCGAAUAGGACGAAGAGGGAGUCGCGUUAGCCGAAAAGUCAACUGAAUCUCUACCCCGUAUUUCCUAUAGGGUCGUCGUCGCUGACCACUUUUUUAAACGAGGCCAAGCCAGGUUAUCAGAAUACCACUUCUACUCGAGAACUAUACUCAGUGACACGAAGUUAAUGUCAGCUUGGUUUGGGCGAUGUUCGUUGUAGACAUUAACGAGGGUAGAUGAAUGAUAGCGUUCCUUUAUCAGUGUAUAUACAUGAGUGCAUAUGUGUGGCUGUAGUGAAAAUUGUCCUCCGUUUAGAUAGAUGGUCCAAGUUAUCAAGCAUUACUUCUACGCGUCGAUAAGCAGAAUAUUGAUUCAAUCAUUCUCAAGCUUCCCUUUUUCAGUCAUCUUAAACUGGUUACUUGUGCCCUUAAGUUUAUCUGCCUGCCAAAAUGGUUCCUGUACAGAAUGUUCGAAUAGCGAUUAUAGAUUAAUUAAAUCCCGCCCGAACUAUGAUGAAGCAGGUCAAAGAAGAAGAACAUGGACAUUUGUUAGAAUACAGUAGCAUACACACCGAUGGUGUUUAAUGGUAAUUCAAGUGCCACGGACUUUAGGGCCUGAACUCAUCCUUGCUGCUAGGACGUCGAAAAGUGUCCGUGUCAGCUAGUUGAGUACAGCUUCAGUUGUGCAGGAUGGAGGUUGUGGUGAAGAUUGCAGACUCAUCUAGAAGUCGCGCAGAAGGCCGCCGUACCCAUCGUAGAGAAAAAGGGAUUACAUCUAUUGUGUGGUUGUUCAAUGGAAGCUUAUUACAUCUCUAGUGAUCGUACUGAUAGUUGUAUAACAGUAAUAGACCUUUGAAUCUUUAUAGAUUUGUUCAAAAGUUAAAAGUUAGCGGAUUUGACCAAUACACAAGUUAGGUGUUGUAUCGUUCUCAAUGUUGAGUUAUCCCAAUGCUGAGCGCAUAUGUUAAUGUUAAUAUUUUACUUGUUUAUUAUUUUAAUAAAACAAACCACAAUGUAUUUUUAA